UUGCUGUUUGCUGGGACAAUUUUGCUAUUAAAUUUUAAUCACACCUUUUUCAAUAAAGUCGUAAAAAAGUUAAAAUUGAAAAAUCUAUCAGCAGGUAACAUGUUUUAUUUUAAAACUGGAACCCCAGAGACUUUACGCAAUGAAACUAUAACAGAAAAAAUAAAGAAAAUUUCUGUGCAUAUAACUACACAUCUAAAACCUCUUAACGAUGAACAGUUUGGUCAUUAUUUAGCUGGCUUAAUAGAUGGGGAUGGUCAUUUUAGUAAUAUUCAACAAUUAGUAAUUGUAUUUCAUUCUUUAGAUGCUUCUUUAGCUUAUUAUAUCAAAUCUUAUCUAGGUUACGGUAGUGUUAAAAAAGUAAAGGAUAAAAAUGCCUUUAUUCUAGUUUUAAGUUCUAAAUUAGGUAUUGAAAGAGUUAUAACUUUAAUUAAUGGUAAAAUUAGAACAAUAAAUAAGUAUAAUCAAAUAGUUAAGAAUGUUUUAGCUAACCCAAAAUACAUGGACUUUUCUAAAAAUUUAAAUUUUAAAUUGAAUGUGUCUAAUAACUUUAAUAACCAUUGGUUAGCUGGAUUUUCGGAUGCAGAUGCGAGCUUCCAAAUAAAAAUAUUAGAUCGAUUUAAUAGGACAGAAAUAAGACUUAAUUAUCAAAUUGAUCAAAAAACAAAGGAUAUUCUAUUAUUAAUUAAAAACUUUUUAGGAGGUAAUAUUGGUUAUAGAAAAAGCCAAGAUACUUUUUAUUACGGAUCUACAAGUUUUGGCUCAGCUAGAAAUGUGAUUAAUUAUUUUGAUCAUUUCCAUUUAUUAUCUAGUAAACAUGUUAAUUAUUUAAAAUGGAGAAAAGCCUAUUUAAUUGUUCAAAACAAAAAACACAAUACCAAAGAAGGUAUUGAAAAAAUUACUAAAUUAAAAAAUACAAUGAAUAGAGCUAAUGAUAAUGUUAUAGUUUAA